AUGUCUCUGGCGGAGCGCUCUCGUGUCCUUCUAGCAGAAUUGGAAUCAUUUCGGCACCAUCUUCGAACCGUGCGUCAGGAGCAGCAUGUCGAAAUCGCCCAUUUUCGAGGCACGGUACAGUCAGAGCUGAGCAUGCUUGAACGACUUGCAAACAAGCCUGAAAGCGAGUCAACAUCGCAUGUGGCUAGAUCAUCCAAUGUUCCGUUUCUUGAAGCGGUCUGGAGCACUGCAAAGAAGUCAGAGAAGGUCCUGGCCUUGACGAAACGGAUCUAUUUCAAUAGUCCAAGCAAGUCCUUGUCGCAGGCUAUGCAUCACGUCAAUCUGGGCCCGAAGAAGCGUCCAAUGGCGAAAGGAUCGAAAGACGCAGCUGUGACUGUCGACGCGAUCACGGAAGGAGGCCUGAGAUGGAUCAAAGUGUCGCUCGUCACCAAUAAUCGCAUUCUCUUCGACCUAGCCAAGCAGGGCUGGAACUCGGGAGGCUCUGAAGAUGAGGAAGAAGAGCAGGACUCAAAUGUGACCAUGAUUGAGGAGGAAUCUGAUGUUCCGCUCGUCAGAAACGCGAGAGAUCUAUGCAACGCGGCACAGUCGUACAGGGUCCGUACGAGAAAACCUCAGGUCCAUCUUAUCUUGCCUCGAGUACAAGAAGGAGAGACAGACAAAGUCGAUGAUGUCCUAGAUCUUUGCCGAGCAGCUGGUGCCGUCCUACAUUGCGGCGGCAAUCUCGACACGCCACCCGUUCUUGACGAUGCUUUGCCGCGGAUGGCUCCUGAUCCCAUGUGGGCAUUUUCAGAGAAGCUUAACAUCGACUGCACUAUACUUCUGGCUCUUGUCUCUGAUUUCUCCCAUUCGAAAGUAUCAAAGGAAUCUUGGUUCCACAAGGCGUUGCGACGCCAAGUGGAGAUCGAAGAUAACGAGAAUCUUCUACCUUCUCUUCUCUAUCCCGCAACGCGUCGCCACAUUCUGGUAUGCACAAAAGAAGCCUCGAAACGCAUGCGAGAGAUCGUCUCCACCAUUGGUACACCUUCCGAAAAGGCCCGAACUGCAAUAAUGAUGGGCGAUGAUAAUUCCAAAUCUCAGGAAGACUUGAUCAACGAAAUGCAGCAGUGGUCGGCGUACGAAGUUCCGGCAGAUUGGCUCCUACCGAUCAGAGACGUUGACCGAGAUGAAGACCACUGCCUGGACUCUUUACCUGCCGUAGCAUCAUCUGUGGCAGAGCACAUGACGGACAUCAAUAAAUCUGUCUUUUUACAUGGAUGGGGAACAGGACGAACAACCAUUUCCAGCAACAGAACUGUCGUUAGGCAGCUUGAGACCGACUUGGAGAAGUAUGAUGAUCUGCCAGAGACGGCGUGGCCAAAGAUCUGGCUCUGCCCAACGUCUCGGUCGCUUGUCGGCAAGGAGAAGCGUGGUGCUAAGAAAGAAGGAGCCUGGCCGUUACCAGAUCCGUUGUGA